GGCCUCUAGAGAAUGUUGCAGGCAGAUACUUGGUCAAAUACAAGGUAUCUUUUGUUACCAUGUCCAGCAAUAAUAUAAGUCGACACGGAGUCGAGCGUUUCUCGGACAUCAAAAUAGAGGCAGAGGAAGACUGGAAAAAGAUAUCUGAUCCCGUUCUAAGACGACGAGUACAAAACCGUCUUGCCCAGCGCCGACACCGCUCUAAGAAAAAGUUACAAAGGAAGAAGCCGAGACUACCUAAGGAGAAAGCGGCAACCCAUGCACAUGAGGCAUGUGGGGACUCAAGUCAUGCAAAUUCUAACAGCAAGCGUAAAAAGCAUGUCCAUACCCGACGCAAUCCCCAGACGAGUCACCAACUCGAAGGCCCAUUUGGAGAGUGGUUAGUCACAUCGAAAAAGCCAGAAACGCUUGACUCAGAAUGUGCUCUGGAAUCACGCUCUAUGAUCGAAUCUCACAAGAACCUGGACAGCUUUUCAGUUGAGAGCUUGAUUGCAUGGACUAGAAAUAGCCAUUAAGUGUAUCACCCUUACAUGAGAUGCAAAAAAUCAAAACUGCGUAGAGGUUCUCAAUGCAGUUCUGCGGAUUGAUUGUCUUACUGCGGGAAAGCAUACAGUGAUAAUAGUCACAUUGGCUUCUAUUCCACUGAGUGUCAUGAGUUUAGCAAGCGUAACUAUUUAUCAUGUUGUCAAACUUACACUAAUAAGGCCACAGGUG